AGUGAUGUUUGGGAGGAUUCGGCCACCAUUUGCUUCCCUCAGCAAGUCUGUUUGUCUCACCGUGUUUUUAAGGCAUUUUUUCUGUGGAGUAUUCGCUGCCACCUUUGCUGUGAAAUACAGUUGAGAGAGAACCACAGCCCUCUCCCCUUCUUGUUGUGGCUGCUGUAGUAGUCAAACAGCACUCGUUGUAGUGGGAGCCGCAGCGCGCGUGCACACACACCCACCAAAUACCCUGCUGCUGAUAAACAACAGCAACUGCUAAUGCAUCUGCCGAACUUUAAAUUUCUGUCUGACCGCCACUCUGGUUCAGCGGAACCGGCGGCGGAUGCGUCGUCGUACACCGCCUUCAUUCACAAGGCGUUCGGGGCGACGAAGGAGAAGUUAAAGCUGCUAAAACCACUCCAACGACAGAUCACCAUCGGCGCCGCAGCCGUGGUCGGCGUCGUCGCGGCCUACAAAGCGGCGUCCCAUGUGCACAAGUUAGUGCAGCGUCGACGCCGCCGGCAGCUGUUGCGGCAGUGCGAGCAGGACGCGGAGCUGCACGUCUUCAUCCUUCCUCGCUCGCCGUGGUCGCCGUCGCUGUCGCCGGCCUGCACACGGGUCGAGGCGUACCUCCGCGCCAAUGGCAUCCCGUACAAGGCCAUCGAGACGCUCGACGCGACGGGGGCACCGAGCGGGGAGCUGCCCUUCCUUGUGUACAAGCACGCCCGCAUGGACCAACUCCCGCGCAUUUUUGAGUUCCUCAGCAGCGAGUUCAGCGUCUCGAUCGACGACGCGUUAACGCGCGAGGAGCGUGCGAUUGGCGCCGCCCUGCGCCGCACGCUGGAGUACAGCAUGGAACGGUUUCUCUACCGCACUGUCUUCAUCGACCACCCCACGCUCGCCGUGACGCACAUCGCACGUGCGCUGCACAUUUCACACCUUCGCGCGCGGUUGGCGGUGCGGCAGUACGCGCGGAAGCUGAACUCGCAGCUCGCCAUCACCGCCUACGGCGCUCUCGUCAGCGAGCAGUACGAGAACGAGUUUCUGCUCGACUGCGAGGCGCUCGAGGUGCAGAUCGGCGACAAGCAAUUUCUCUUCAGCAAUGCGGAGGUGACGAGCUACGACUGCGCCGUGUAUGCGCUGCUCGUGCCCUUCGCGUACAUGGGCAAGUACACGGCGCUGAGCACGGCGUAUAUGGCGGUGGCAAACAGCCCGGUGCUGAUGGGCUACGUCGCUCGAAUGACGAAGCGCUUGUUUGCGGAUGUGGCCGCGCAGUUCGAUGCGGCGGCUACGACGUGUGCGACGUCAUCCGCGACGUCUGCGUCGCUGUCUUCGGGGGAGGAAGAGGGCGGUGAUGGUGGGUCGUGUGCGGACUCGGAGGAGCUGCACCGCGGCCUGGAGGUGUCGGAUGAGGAAACAAAGCAGCCGGAGAAGACAGUGAAGAAGGAGGAGGUGCAGCCGGAGGCGGCUAGGAGCGCAACACCGACAAAGGCAGCCGCAACGACAGGGAAGAGGAAGAAGCCGUCCCCGAAGGCAGCGAAAGCAAAGAAGGCGCCGGCUAGUACACCGCCACGGAAGGGGAAACCUGCUGGGGCUUCUCCAAAGAAACCGUAG